AUGUCUGCAGCUCUCGACUACUCCAAUGAUCCAAGGAUCGAACCAGUCUUCGGAGCCUCUUGUGAGCCUCUGAAGAUCGUCAUCGUCGGCGGUGGUAUCGGAGGUCUCACUGCGGCCUCAGGACUGCGUCAAAAUGGGCAUGAUGUUGUUGUUCUUGAGCAGUGGGAUGGGAGUAAAGAGACAGGCGCUGCAAUCCAUCUCGCGUCGAAUUCCAACGGUCUCCUCCGAAGAUUGGGCCUCUUCGCUGAGACUACAGGAGCCAUUCUCAUGCUGCGCCACACUAAGUACGCCACCGACGGUUCUAGAAUUCAAUCUCUCGACCUCACCGAACUUGUGAAGAGCCAUGAUGGACCUGGAAGACCAGUCGAUCUUCGAUACUCAUGCACAGUGAAAGACUUGGAUCCCGAUAGUGCUACCGCCAUUCUGGAUAACGACGAAAGGGUCGAAGGAGAUGUCAUCAUCGGCGCCGAUGAUGUCAAGGGAGGUAAUGUCCGACCUUUUUCGUCCGGCAAAAGUGCUUUUCGAUUCCUUGCCAAGAAGAAGGACGCUUUGGACGACCCAAUCACACGGAAAUUCGCCGAGAAGGACGGCGAGCUUGUCAUGUUUCUUGAACCUGACAGCAAAGUCGUUACCCUUGCAAGAACACUGCUGAACUUUGUCUGCAUACAUCCUUCGGAGAAGACGUCUGCGCCUACCGACGACUGGAACACGGGUGGAAGCAUGAAGGCGCUGCUUGACGUCUACGCGAAUUUUGGCGCGUCAGCUCGAGCUUUGCUGAGUAAAUCAUAUCCUGCUUCACUCAAGGUCUGGCAGCUACUGGACAUGGAAACCCUGUCCACUUGGGUGAACAACGAAUUGACUCUUCUUGGAGAUACUGCUCAUCCCUUCCUUCCUCAUCGAGGACAGGGUGGAGGUCAAGCCAUCGAGGAUGCUGCAGCACUCCCAGUUGUUCUACCCCUAGGUACUCGAUCAGACGAAGUCGCCGAGCGCCUUAAGUUAUAUGAGACUUGUCGUUACCAGCGUGCCCAUCGCAUCCAAGAGUACACUCGUCAAAAUCCCAAUAUCUACUGGCGCAUGCCUGUAGCUUUCUGCCCGUCACCAGGGCCUUGUCAAGCUCUCUACACGAACGUGCCACAGCCCGCUCGUCACUCUAAAUUCACCACUGCAUCUAUAAAGUUCAAGACAUCGCGAACAUUUCUGCAAAAUCUGUUCCCUACCGAAUCAUCUGGCUACCGUCACUUCGGAAUGUACAUCCACGGAGUGCGAUAUACCAAGCAGAAUGGGGAGACUAUAGAUGCCACAUACAUGCCUCUAAUCUUCGAGCCUCUUACCGACCCCAUCGUCAGUGGUCGUGAUGAGUUCGGUAUGCCCAAAGUCUUCUGCGAUGUGGACAUUCGUCGCCAUGUGGACUCCUAUCGCGUGAGAACCAGCUGGCAAGGCUCCAUGUUCGGCAUAUUCAAUAUCGAUGGACUGGAAGAAGCUGAUCCCGCGGCCGAGGCAGGUACCAUUGAUGGCGAAGCAGACUACGGUGUCCUGACCUACAAGUACAGUUCUGCGGUUGGCGAGCGUGGCAAAGCAGAUCCCGCCUACGCUGUCGUUGCUCGUCACGCUGAGGAGUCGAAGGUGGUGCCGAGUAAGGUCACAGGCCUAUGGAGGAGCAAGAAACCGAACUUUGAGUUGGACUCUUUGACUCAGCAGGACUUGCCCACACUGCAGCCCAUUGUUUCCAAGCUUGCUCAGACUGCGGUCUACGAGUUCGUUUCUGGUAAAGUUGUUGACGGCUAUGGAGUUUCUGACGCUUCUGCUGCGCGUCGUAUUGAAUAA